UGCGGGACAGCUUCACUUCCACGCUCAUCUCGGAGGGCCUGAGAGGAAGGAUGUCGUUGGGGCAUAAGGCUGAGCUGGAGUUCCUAGCGUCCAUCUUCCACAAGGACCAUGAGCGUCUGCGCAUCGUGAGCUGGCACCUGGAUGAGCUGCAGUGCCAGUUCCUGUUGCCACCAGAGCCUGCAGGCACCCCGUCCUCGCCACCACAGCUCACCCUGCACUGCACCAUCCCUGAAUCCUACCCAUCUUCAUCUGCGAUAUGGUUCGUGGACUCUGACUAUCCAGAUCUCACAUCAAUUCUGGAAAGCCUGCAAGAUUCAAAGCCCCAAAGUUCGCUUUGUCAGCAGCUCAGAUGGCUGAUCUGUGAACUCUGCAGCUUAUAUAACCUGCCUGAACACCUGGAUGUGGAGAUGCUGGACCAGCUGCUCCCCAUCUCUCAGGAGGCCACCAUCAUAGAGGUGACUUCAGAAGAGGAAGAUGCAGCUGAGGAAGACCUGGAUUAUUAUGAGCUGAAAGAAGAAGAGAGAAGUAGUGAGAAAAAGUCGGAUGAUGACGGGCUUGAGGAAGAACAUUUGGCAAUGUUAAGGAAUAUCAAGACUAACCUAUGGAAAGCUCAUUUGAGUGGUACCACAUCUGGAUCACUGCUGGCCUCAAAUAGACUUAUGAAAGAACUCAGAGAGAUCUACAGAUCGCAGUGUUACAAAUCUGGGACUUAUUCCGUGGAACUGAUAAACAACAGUUUAUAUGAUUGGCACGUUAAACUGAAGAAGGUUGACCCUGAUAGUCCCUUGUACAGAGACCUUCAGCUCUUGAAAGAAAAGGAAGGCAUAGACUUUAUUUUGCUUAACUUUUCUUUCAAAGAUAAGUUUCCGUUUGCGCCUCCAUUUGUUCGCGUUGAGUUGCCUGUUCUCUCUGGAGGGCAUGUCUUGUUUGGAGGGGCGUUGUGUAUGGAACUGCUCACAGAAAUGGGCUGGAGCAGCGCCUACUCAGUAGAAUCGAUCAUCAUGCAGAUCAGUGCCACCUUAGUGAAAGGCAAGGCCAGGGUGUACUUCGAAGGAGGUAAGAAUCAAUAUUGUCUAACAAGAGCCCAACAGGUCUAUCAAAGGAUGAUGCGGGAGCAUGAGGAGAUAGGCUGGUUGACUCCUCCAGAGGAAGAUGGGUAAAAAGCCCACUUCCCUGCAUUUGGAACAAUGUAGCUUUAAAGACACACGUUUUGCAUAUGUUUGUAACUGGUAGUGAGAAAGAUACUAGCUAAUUGGUGUUUUAGUGGAUAAUCUGUCAACUGACUGCCAGUAGAAGUUCCAACCUUUUCAUUGUGCUUACUGUGGGGGUCUUGGGCUGAACUGUGACCCUUUACUGUUGUUUUUCCUGAUAUAUAAUCAUAAUGUCCAUUUGUCGUCAUCCUUGUUCCUUGA